UCCCACCCCUGACCCGGUUCCGGUCCCGUUGCAGCGCCGCCGCCGGGCCGGGCCGGGCCAUGUUCUCCAAGAAGAAGAAGCGCGUGGAGAUCUCGGCGCCGUCCAACUUCGAGCACCGCGUGCACACGGGCUACGACGCGUCGGAGCAGCGCUUCACGGGGCUGCCGCGCCAGUGGCAGGGGCUGCUCGAGGAGUCGGCGCGGCGCCCCAAGCCCCUCGUGGACCCCGCCUGCAUCACCCACAUCCGCGGGGCCACCAAGCCCAUCGUGCGCGGCUCCAAAGGGCCCCAGGAUGGGACCCCCGGGGGCCGGGACGGGGCGCUGGCCUGGCUCCUGGACGAGCUGGAGGCCGUGUCCGUGUCCCGCUCCAACUCCCUGCGCCGGGACAGCCCCCCGGCGCCCCCCGGCCCCCCCCCGGAGAACGGGCUGGCCCCGGGAGCCCCCCGCCCGCGCCCGGAGCCCGCCCGGAGCCGCCGCCAGCCGAGCCCCCCGCCCCAGCCCAGAGCUGCGGCCGGGCCCCCUCCCCCUGCCCCCCACGCCCACCCCGGGGGCCGCCCCAAGUCCAGCGCGGCCGGAGAGGGGCCCCCGAAGCCCCCGGCCCGCGAGCAGCGCCCGCUCUCGGGGCCGGAGCUGCGGCCGCCGGACGCUCCCGGCGCGGGGCUGAAGACGGCGCCCGGACGCCCCUUCCACACCUUCCCCCGCGCCGACACCGACCCGGGCCGGGGCGGCGCUGCCCAGGCCGAGCAGCGCCCGGGCCGCCCGCAGGAGCGCGAGGCGACCCCCAACGGGCCGCUCCCCGCCGCGACCCCCGGCCCCCCGCGCCCCAAAGCCCCGGAGCCGCCGCCGCCGCCCCCCGGCCCCGCCGAGCCCCCGGCCCCGCGCGCCCCCGGCCCCGCGCCCGCGCCCGGCCCCCAGCGCGUGUCCCACGAGCAGUUCCGGGCGGCGCUGCAGAUGGUCGUGGACCCCGGCGACCCCCGCACCUACCUGGACAACUUCAUCAAGAUCGGCGAGGGCUCCACGGGCGUGGUGUGCAUCGCCACCGUGCGCGGCUCCGGCAAGCUCGUGGCCGUCAAGAAGAUGGACCUGCGCAGGCAGCAGCGGCGCGAGCUGCUCUUCAACGAGGUGGUGAUCAUGCGGGACCACCAGCACGAGAACGUGGUGGAGAUGUACAACAGUUACCUGGUGGGCGACGAGCUCUGGGUGGUCAUGGAGUUCCUGGAGGGCGGCGCCCUGACUGACAUUGUCACCCACACCAGGAUGUCGGAGGAGCAGAUCGCCGCCGUGUGCCGCUCGGUGCUGCGCGCGCUCGCCGUGCUGCACGCCCAGGGCGUCAUCCACCGCGACAUCAAGAGCGACUCCAUCCUGCUGACGCACGACGGGCGGGUGAAGCUCUCGGAUUUCGGGUUCUGCGCCCAAGUGAACAAGGAGGUGCCGCGCCGCAAGUCCCUGGUGGGGACCCCGUACUGGAUGGCGCCUGAGCUCAUCUCCCGCCUGCCCUACGGCCCCGAGGUGGACAUUUGGUCUCUGGGGGUGAUGGUCAUCGAGAUGGUGGACGGGGAGCCCCCUUACUUCAACGAGCCCCCCCUCAAAGCCAUGAAGCUGAUCCGGGACAACCUCCCCCCCCGGCUCAAGAACGGCCACAAGGUGUCCCCGUCGCUGAAGGGGUUCCUGGAGCGGAUGCUGGUGCGGGACCCGGCGCAGCGGGCCAGCGCCCCGGAGCUGCUGCGCCACCCCUUCCUGGGGGUCGCGGGCCCCCCCGCCUGCAUCGUGCCCCUCAUGCGGCAGCACCGGCUGCGGUGAGACCCCCCCGCCCUGGGGGCCUCCUGGGCCCCUCCUGCUCCUCCUCCUCCUCCUCAGCAGCGCCCCCAAACUGGAGCGGGACCGGGAUGAUCCUAGGCCCCCCAACCUGUACUACUGAGCUGGGGACCCUACAGCGGAGAUUUUGGAGGGAGGGGGUGUGGCUGCCAUCCCAGAGGUUUGGGGGUGCAGGGCUCAUCCUAGUCCCUCCUGCCUUUGGGACUCAUUUUGGGGCAUUUCCCCCCUUUUUUUUGUUUUUUUUUAAGCCUCUUCUUUACUACCCUCCUUGGGCACUGGGGGGUACAGCCCCCCCUUACAUCUCCAUGAGGGGGGGAGUCCCCAAAACUACAGCCCCCCCCUCCCCACCACACCACACUACUGAUUGGGAGUGUGUCCCCCCCCGGGCCCUCCUCGCCUGUUUUUGUUGAUUUUUGGGGGUUUUUUUUUGCUGGUUCCUUCCCCCUGGAACUCCGCCCUGCCCCCCCGGUUUUUGUUUUUUAACAAAGCGAUAUUUAUACGGUUGGGUUUUGUACCGGGGGGACACGGGGCCCCCCCAAAUUACACGUGUCCUUUUGGA